UUCUCUGCGGGAACAGAAACUUCAACAACAACAACACUGUGGGCCAUGACUGAAAUGAUGAGGAACCCAAGUGUGUUAGCAAAAGCACAAGCAGAAGUAAGAGAAGUAUUCAAAGGAAAAGAAAUUUUCAAUGAGGAUGAUAUUGAUGAACUAAAAUACUUAAAACAAGUUGUAAAAGAAACCUUGAGACUUCAUCCUCCACUCCCUCUUUUAGUUCCAAGAGAAUGUAGGGAAGAAACAAACAUCAAUGGAUACACUAUCCCUUUAAAAACAAGAGUCAUGGUUAAUGUUUAUGCGAUGGGGAGGGACCCGAAGUAUUGGGAAGACGCGGAAAGCUUUAUGCCUGAGAGAUUCGAGCAGAGCUCAGUGGAUUUCAUGGGGAAUAAUUUUGAGUAUCUUCCAUUUGGUUCUGGAAGGAGAAUGUGUCCUGGAAUUUCAUUUGGUUUGAUAAAUGCUUAUCUUCCACUAGCUAAAUUGCUAUAUCAUUUUGAUUGGAAACUCCCUGAUGGUGUGAAGCCUGAGGAUUUGGAUAUGACUGAGUUUUCUGCAAUAACCCAAAGUUUAAUAGCUGCCACUGCAGAAAGAGAUUUUGUAAUUGCGAAGAUCUAUUGA